AUGGGAAUCCCUCAGUAUAAUGAACCCCCCAAGAGCCAGGCCCCCAACCAGACGGACGAGUUGGUCCAGCGGUUUGGACGGCUCGAUACUCUAGAUGAUUUGAUCCGGUUGCGAGCAGCCGAUGCAGUUCAGGAGCCGAUUUUGGCGUAUCCCCAGCAGACACAAGAUGGCGUUGCCUCGUAUGAGUUCUUCACAGGCGAGGACCUGGAUGCGAUGGUCGACCAGGCUGUCUGUACAUUGUUGGAAUCAGGCAUUCGUCCGCCCAAGAAGGAUGGCGAGAUUGUCGCCCUCCUCACCCUCUCAGACCUGAAUAUGGUCGUUACCUUCUUCGCCCUCAGUCGCAUUGGAUAUACCGUUAUGAUGCUCUCCCCUCGCCUCUCAUCCACGGCAUGCGUCUCCCUCCUUGACAACGUCGGCUGCGACACCAUCCUAUACGGACAGACACCAACCAUCCGCAGCACCGUCGGUGAAAUCCUACGCCAGAAACUCGUCGCCUGCAGACCCAUCAUCCAGCGGCCCUCCCUAACAGACACAGCAGAAGGCCCAUCUGUCCUGGUCCUCCACCGAAGCCGCAACCGAGACGCAGCGCGAAACCGCACAGCCCUAAUCCUGCACUCCUCGGGGUCAACGGGCACACCCAAGCCCCUAUUCCUGAGCCACAAAGCCAUCAUGACACAUCCAUUGCGUGGGCCGGGGCUUACCUCGUUCAACACGCUCCCUUGGUACCAUCUCCACGGCUUGUCGACGGCGCUACAGGCGAUGUAUAUGCGGAAAGUCGCGUAUAUGUGGGAUGCCGCACUGCCACUAACGACACCGUCUGUCGUCGCCGCAUUGGAAGCAGCUAGACCCGAGUCAGUCCAGGGAGUUCCAUACCUCCUUCAGCUCCUUGUAGACAGCACCAAGGGCCUCGACGCCCUUCGAUCCUGCAAGCUCGUCACAUACGGCGGUGCACCCUGCCCCGACGACCUGGGAGACCGACUCGUCGCCGAGGGAGUACAUUUCGGAGGCUCAUUCGGAUUAACCGAAGCCGGCCUCGUCGCAGAAUCCAUCUCCCGCCCCCCAUCCGACCCCUACUGGAACUACCUCCGCUUCUUCCCAAACCUAACCCCCUUCAUCUGGAUGAAGCCCCUGUCCUCGAGCGCAGACAAUGAUCUAUACGAAUGCGUCUACCUAGCAGGCCAUCCAGCCCUAACGGCCUCAAACUCCUCCGACCCCCCAGGCUCCUACCACUCCCGCGACGUCUUUACACCGCACCCCUCCAUCCCGAAGCGCUGGAAAUACGUCUCCCGCCUAGACGACCGCGUCAACCUGCUGAAUGGAGAGAAGGUCCUCCCGCUGCCGAUCGAGGGGUGUAUCAAGCAGAGUCCCCUUGUGGAGGACGCGGUGGUUGUGGGUGUUGGCAAGGCCGUUCCUGGGUUGUUGCUGUUCCGGGCAACACCUAGUAGUACAGCAGCGGAGUCGUCCGGGUGUCUUUCUGAGAAGGCGUUUAUUGAUGCUGUCUGGCCGGUUAUUCAGGAUGCGAACUCGCGCGCGGAGCAGUUCUCCCAGAUUACGAGGGAGAUGGUGGCUGUGCUCCCUGUUGGGUCGGUGCGGCCGCAGACGGAUAAGGGGUCUAUGAUCCGUGCGCAGGUUUAUGCGAGGUAUGCGGAUGUGAUUGAGGGGUUGUAUGUGCGGGUUGAAGAGGGAUCAUCGGACAGUGGUCCUGGUGGGAUUGUUUGUGUAGGCCGCGAGGAGACGGAGGCGCAUUUGAUGAAGCUUGUCAGGGAGGAGCUGGGGCUGGGGAUGGCGAUUGUGGAUUCGGCGACGGAGUUCUUUACGGCUGGGGUUGAUAGUCUCAAGGCGAUUCAGUUGAGGAGGUUGGUGGUUAGGGAUUUUGCGAUGGAGGAUGGGAAGAGUCUUGGGCAGAAUGUGGUGUUUGAGGCUGGUUGUGUGGCGAGACUGGCGGAGGUUAUAUGUGCAAUGCAGGCUGGUCAGGAUGAUGUCCAGCAGGAUGAGGACAGUGUUAUGGAUGAUCUGGUUUCAAGAUACUCGUCGUUCAGGGAUCAUGUUCCAGUUUCAGAAAGGAAGCAUGGCAGGGGUGUGAUACUCACCGGGGCAACCGGGUCUAUCGGUUCACAUACUCUGUACCGACUACUGAACGACGACACGGUCUCGACUGUCUACUGUCUAACAAGACGAGAGAGCCCCAAGGAAGCGAUCCUCGACGCCCUCGCGCAGAAAGACCUCAGUGUCCUGCCCUACCGAACGAAGAAGAUUGUUGCACUCAAUAGCGCCCUUCAUGAGCCCGACAUGGGCCUGGACAAGACCACCAUCGAGCAGAUGCGCCAGUCCGUCUCUUUGAUAGUCCACUCCGCGUGGCCAGUAAACUUCAACCUCCCACUGACCAGCUUCAUUCCGCAUAUCCAAGGACUCGCCAACCUGAUCGAUUUCUCCCUGUCAGUGCACAUGCCGGCACCGGCAGUCCUGCUCUUCUGCUCCUCGAUCUCAACAGCACUAGCCUCGUCCCUGCCCGAAGUAGACGAAAGCCCAGUGCCCGAUUCCAGCGCUCUGGACAUGGGCUACGCGCGCUCGAAGCUCAUCGGCGAGCGAAUCAUCAGCAACGCUCGCAAAGCCGGAGCAAGGACGUUCUCGCUCCGUAUCGGCCAGAUCUCGGGCCACUCGAAGAAGGGCCUGUGGAAUGACUCGGAGGCGAUCCCGCUCAUGAUCCGGUCUGCACUGACAUUAAAGGCACUGCCCAAGCUGGACACGGAGUGCUCAUGGCUGCCGGCUGAUAAGCUCGCGGCUUCAGUGCUAGAGAUUGCACGGGCAUGUUCGCUCCACGUGGUUGAUGAUGAUGAUGAUGAUGAUGAUGAUGAUGAUGAUGAUGAUAAUAAUAACCCUAAAGGCGACGACUCCAUCUACAACCUGUGCAAUCCGCGCACAUUCACUUGGGCCGCGAUGCUAGAUACGCUCCGGCAGCACGGGUUCGAGUUCGAGACUGUUGCAUUCCCCGACUGGCUGGGGAAACUGCGGGAGAGCGAGGCCCGGGGUGAGGAGCUGGUCAACCCGGCCGUCAAACUAGCAGAGCACUACGCUUCGAUGUAUGGUAGCGACAGCGGCAGCGGAGAGGCAGAGCCGAAGAAAUUCCGGACAGACAGGGCAGAGCGCGACAGCAUGACGCUGCGAAAUGGACGGCUGAGGAUAGUCCAGGACGGGAUCCUGGCUCGUCCACGUCCACGCCUCGCGGCCAGCAUCAUGGACAGCGCUCCGGCCAAGGUCGUCAAGAAGCGCAUCCGAAAGCCCCGGGGUCGCGGUCUGCGCACGAACACGGGCUGCCUGACGUGCCGCACCCGGCAUAAGAAGUGCGACGAGCAGAAGCCGAGAUGCGGCCCGUGUACAAACUCCGACCGCGAGUGCAUCUUUCCCAAUGCCUCGCGCGCUGGGACGCCGGUCUCUGCCGCUGCGUCUGCCACUGCAACAACGGCGUCCAGUUCAUCGCGCAUCCAGAACAUCCUGUGCUCUCCCCAUUCUGCUCCGCCUGGUCCUGUUGCCCCCACGCUGGACUAUGAUGCCACUGAUGGGCCGAGUCCCGAGACGCACAACAUCCUGGAUCCCGAGCUGGUCGCGCUGUAUCCAGGCACUCGUCCCCAGCCGCCCAUGCCCGACCUCUACUCCGGCUCCCUGCAGACGCUACCGUCUGUGCAGUCCUCCGAGACGGUGGCGCCUGACGUCAAUGGCGACCACGCGAGCACCAAAUGGCUGAACCUGCUCGCGACCGAUGCUGCCCAGGCUGGGAAUGGCUUCAGUCUGCCCAGUUCCGCCCGGUCGCGGCUCUCCCGCGGGUCCGGCCACUUCCACGAUCGCACCAGCACCCCGACGCACCUCUACUCGCCGCACAUCACGGAGCGACAGGCCUGGCAGGCUGAUGCGGAUAUUGUCUUAUCCAAGCCCGAGGCGGCGCUCUUUCGGAGAUUCACCGAGCGCAUUGCUGCUUCUCUUGACCUAUUCGACCCCCAUAAGCAUUUCUCUCACUAUGCUACGCGGCUUGCCUUGCGCAAUGUCGGUCUCAUGAAAGCCAUCCUCGCGCUGUCCGCCCGAUACUCAUCAGUGUCCACGCCUACGGACAGCUCUGUGACAGAAGCGCUUGUCGACCCCAACGAAGCCAUCCAAUUCUACUACGAGACCCUGCACUAUGUCUCGACUGCUCUGCAGUACAACUCGUACAAGCACAGCGAGGAGCUCCUCGCGACCGCCAUCGUAGUAAGCACCUACGAGAUGCUCGACGCCAGCGAGCCCAACUCCAACUGGCAGCGCCACCUCAAAGGCGUCUUCUGGAUCCAGCGCUCCCAAGACGUCAACGGCGCCUCAGGUGGCCUUCGCCAGGCCGUCUGGUGGGCCUGGCUGCGACAAGACCUCUGGGCUGCCUUUCGCGAGCACCGCCGCUGCUUCAGCUUCUGGCAGCCCAUCGUCGACUACCCAGACCUCAACGAGGACGACCUCGCCUACCGCUCCGUCUACCUCCUCAGCCAGGCCGUCAACUACUGCACCGAGCCGCCCCCAGACACUAAUGCGGAAGCCGACGCCGACGUCGACCUCGAGCAGGUCCGGCUACGCACGGAGCGCGGCAACGAACUCAUGGAUAUGCUGGAGCGGUGGAGGAGUUUCUCCAAUGCAGCCUUCAAGUCCUUCCCGACCGAGAACCGCGACGAGGUGCAUGGCUGGGCGCCGAUCUGGAUCCAUCCGCCGGCAUUUGGGGUCGCGCUGCAGGUGUACAGUUUUGCAAAGAUCCUUGUCUGUCUGCAUCGGCCCGUCCCGAGCGGGUUUGCAGGGUAUCGCAGUUUUCAAAAAACACUAAAUGACGCCGUCGCUACAAUCUGCGGCAUCGCCAUGGAACUCACCGAGCCGGGCUGCCAGAUCAUCUCCGCGCAGUGUCUGUUCGGCGCUGGACUGUGUGUCCAGGACGGGGCGCAGCAGGAGACGAUCAUUUCACUGAUUCGGGCCUGUGAGGCGCGUACGGGGUGGCCGAUGGCGACGAUGCAGGAGGAUUUGCGCAAGGAGUGGGCGAAGGCUGCGGGCGAGGCGAAGAUGGCGUUAUAA